AUGAAACGAUGGCAACCGAAAAUUUUACCGUUUCUUGGUCAAGAUUUUGAAUCUAUACGUUCAGAGUGUAGGGUCAAUAAUUUUCUGUUUGAGGACCCCCAAUUUCCAGCUGAGCUUAAAUCUUUAUCACCUAAUUAUCGUAAUAUUGCUAACUGGCAAGAUAUCGUAUGGAAGAGACCAAGCGAUAUCAUUGCCAAUCCACAACUGAUUGUGGAUGGUAUUAACCGAAUGGAUCCGAAUCAGGGUGAUUUGGGAAACUGUUGGUUUAUAUCGGCAAUGACAGCUGUAACAAGAAAUCAUAAAGUAUUGGAAAGGGUGAUACCAUUAGAUCAAAGUUUUAAUAAAGAAUGGUAUGCUGGUGUUUUCCAUUUUCGAUUUUGGCGCUAUGGAUCAUGGUAUGAUAUUGUUAUUGAUGAUCGUUUGCCGGUAGGUGAUGUUUUUCCCUUUCUAAUAGCGUAACUUGGUGGGUAUGUUGUUCGGUUCGAACUUCAGAAGUGCCUUCGAUUAGUCUGCGAAACUGUCUGGAAAUGAGCCAGUACGUAGUUAGUAAAUGUGUACGGGGGAAAUCAAGAAAUCGAGCGAAACAACUAUUCGUCAGAUUAACACUUUC